UUAAGUCUGGUCUUCUUACUAGAAUUUGCGUUCUGCACUCCAUCUUUCUGCUGCUCCAUCAGGGACUCUCUUUGUAAUGAUUAACUAUAUUUUUUAAAGGUUACAUAUUAUCUGUUUAGCAAAAGAGAUAGGGUAACAUACAUACUAGUGAACACACACAUAUGAUAUAUGUGUAUCUUGAUUCUCCUGGAAGUAGGAAAAAAAUCAGUUAACUAUAUGCUGAAUAUUAAGCUCAAAAUUAUUGAUUUAUCACUGCCUUACUUCUAACCCCAGGAAUUUCAAAUUAGGAGAAUUAUUAAAAGAAAAUAUUUUAGCUGUCUUCAGGUGAUUCAGGAAAUGCUGAAAUACAGAGGCUGAGUUCAUUUGCAUUUCAUAGGGUGGUUUGAUGGAUGUGUGCAAUAUACUCUAAGCCUCAGCAAAAAAAAAAAUAAAGGGUUAACUAAGUCAGCAAAUUUUUAUUAUUUUUUUGGAAGCAAACAUGUUAUAACUGUGGUUUCAGCUUACAAAAUAUGUAAAUUCACAGCUCAAUCAAGUGUAAAUACUGCAUGUCAGUCAAUAUAUUACUCUGUCUUUUAUAUUUUAAAUAGUUCUCAUGAUUUUUCCUUAAAUCCCAAGUGAAAAGAAUGUUUAAUCCAAUACAAGCCAAUCCUUUAAUUUUCACCACUGCUCCCUGUAUGGUUUCCAUUUCUGUUGCCUUCUAAAAUUGGGAGCCCCAGUCUGGACAGUGUUUCAUCCUGAGCCUGACCAGUAUAGCAUCACCAGUGGUAUAUCUUAAUCCCUAACUUAAAUUGAUGGUGCUCCAUUGCUACUGUGGAUGCAGCUUUCAUUCAUCAAGUGCUUAUUGUAAGUUGAAGUGCAGCCUAGUGUAAGAGCCAGGCCUUGGGAUGUACAUGGACCCAUCAGGAAGCAGACCUUUUUGGAAGUAGAAUGGAUGAAAUGGCCUUGGUGUGGCAACCAGUCUGCCAAAGAAUGCAGGUGUUGGAUGAUAGAACCUCUGACUUUGCUGAUUGUUUUUUUUUUUUUUUUUCCCCCAGAUAGGAUUUAUUGAGUACCCUAUGUGCCAGGCUCUGUGUCAGAACUGUUUAUAAAGAUGUGUAAAGGUUAAGCCCCUAUCCUUUAAGAACUCACAAGCAAACAAGGGAAUGGGCACUUGAUCUAUUAAUGUACUACAGAGGUAUAAUAGAGACACAUAUGAUAUUGCUACUUCAGUCCAUAUUUCUACCACCAGACAUCAUGAGUGACAUCAUCAAGAUAUUCCAGUUCUACAGUAGAGAACACAGGAUUCCCUUAGACUAUCACCCUGAGACACUCUUUAAAACUAGAACCGAGCCUGUCCCCGAGGUCACCUUUUAGUGAAAUAGCAGAGUGGCACACAAAAUAAAGGAUAUUACCUAUAAGAUUGGUGCCCUACUUAAAAACCAUCAGUAUGAGACAAAAAGGUCAACAAUUACUCAAAAGCAAAGAUGAGAAGAUAAGGGGCAGGAAACUAGAGUAUUGGAAAAGGAAUAAACUGAACACAAUUAAAGAGAAUCUUGACACAUUGUGAUAAAUGUAACUAAUGUCACUGAACAGUUUGUGUGGAAAUUGUCAAAUGGGAACCUAAUUUGCUGUGUAAACUUUCACCAAAAACUCAAUAAAAUAUUAUUUAAAAAAAAAAAGAGAUAUUCCAAUCCUGCUGCCUUAAUGGAGUAUGUAUGAAAAGAAGAAAGAAUAUAGAUCAUGGACUUCAUUUUCCCAUUAGUUUGAUCCUUAUCUUAGGAAGCGACCAACAGCUGGUACAGAGAUUCAUUUAGCCUCGUUUCACACAAAUUAUGAAUACUUGGAGCAGGACAUAUUUUUGUAUGACACAUUUCUAGAAAUAACAAGAUUUUGAAAGUAAUUGAAUAAUUAUAUGUAUUUAUGAAUCUAGGAGUCAGUCCUUUUAAUCUUUAUUCGCAUUGUUUCAGUUUAGCUAAUGUAAAUAUGAGGAAUUCAGAAUAAACUUAUAUUUUUACUACUGUAGCAGACCAAAAAAAGUUAAAAUAUUUUUAAAAGUCUGUUUUCCCAACUGACUGUUCUUUUUUAAAAAUUGAUACUAUCUCACAGGGAGUAUUCAUUCUACUUGCUUAGAUAGGCAACAGUUUCAUGUAACUUUUGUUAGAACCUGCCUCAGUCUUUGAUAGCAAUCUCUUGUUAGACAAUUCUUAUUGUACAAUAACACCCCUUUGUUUCACUCUCCAUUAGCUACUGACUGACCACACCGUAGAAGAGACAGGAAGUAAUGGCUUUUGUUUGAGCUCCAUUUAACACUUCCAGAUCUAAUGAAGGAAAAAGUGAUGCUGAGAACUUGCACUACCAAAUAAUAAAAUAUACUAUGUAGUUUUGUAAAUCAAAAUGGUGUAGUAUUAAGGGAAGACACUAAGAGAUACACAAGAAUAAAAGGCAACAAAGCAAGUGUGGAGGCAAGACACAUCAAAGCAGAGAUGGGAACUGAAAGAGCUCUCGUUCUGGACAGAUUAGCAAGCAAUGUGGCAAAACGAAAAAGCUCAAUGCCUCAGAAGUUCAUAGGUGAGAAGCGCCACUGCUUUGACGUCAACUAUAAUUCCAACUAUAUGUAUGAGAAGGAGAGUGAGAUAAUACAGACCCGAAUGAUGGACCAAGCCAUCAAUAACGCUAUCAGCUAUCUUGGUGCGGAAGCCCUGCGCCCCUUAGUCCAGACACCGCCUGCUCCCACCUCAGAGAUGGUUCCAGUUAUCAGCAGCAUGUAUCCCAUUGCCCUCACCCAUGCUGAGAUGCCAAACGGUGCCCCCCAGGACCUGGAGAAGAAGAACAUCCACUUGUCAGAGAAGAGCAUGCCUUCUGAAAGAGGCCUCUCCCCCAACAACAGUGGCCACGACUCCACAGACACUGACAGCAACCAUGAAGAACGCCAAAAUCACAUUUACCAGCAAAAUCACAUGGUCCUUCCUCGGGCCCGCAAUGGGAUGCCACUCUUGAAAGAGGUUCCCCGCUCUUAUGAACUCCUCAAGCCCCCACCCAUCUGCCCAAGAGACUCCAUCAAAGUGAUCAACAAAGAAGGGGAGGUGAUGGAUGUGUAUCGGUGUGACCACUGUCGCGUCCUCUUCCUGGAUUAUGUGAUGUUCACUAUUCACAUGGGUUGCCACGGCUUCCGCGACCCUUUUGAGUGUAACAUGUGUGGGUAUCGAAGCCAUGAUCGGUAUGAGUUCUCAUCUCACAUAGCCAGAGGAGAACACAGAGCCAUGCUGAAGUGAACAUCAUCCUAGAGAAUGCUCCUACUCAACAUUGUUUUUAAGAACUGAUACCUGCUACAUAACAAAUCACUCUCAGAACUAACUCAGUUCCAAACUCCUUUCCAUACCAUUUUUAGGAUCCAAAGGGUCAUGUUCACAAGGGCAGCCAGAGAAAUGCUGUCUUCAUUCAGAAAUUGUUUGCAAGUCUAUCGUGUUAUUACUUUUGUGAAACCUUUCUUUUCCCAUCAGACUUGAAUUUUAUGAUAUUUAAAAGCCAAUGAAGUAUUUGGUCAUUACCUCUUGCAGCAAUAGAAAGGCCGGGCAUCCGCUGAAGUUUGUUGCCAGUCAGAACAGUUCCCCAGUCCCAAAUUAUAGUCUAAGGAAAAGAACAGCCGUAAGAUAAAUGGCUAUUACCGGUGACUGAAGACCCUGUUCUUCAAGCAUCAGAUCCAUUCGCUGUCAGUGCACAGGUAAAAAAAAUAAGUCAUCUGAUAAUACUUACGUUUCCACUGUUUACCCUCCCAUCUCCAAUUAAAAGCUGCUUUGGGUUAAACCAAAUGUCUGUAGGAGAAAUUUUAUACCAGAAGAGCCAGUGGUCUUAAAUAUAGACUGUCAUUGAAACUCUAGAAAGCUGUCCACUGUGGGUGACAGUAUCCAUUUCUUUUGAUCAAGAUUGGCAGAGUAGGGGCCUAAGAGGGGAAAUGAUUUAGCCAUUCCAACUGGAGAAAAAAACCAGCUACCUAAAAGGACCUGGUCUCCUUCAUGGAGUAUUGGCAUACAGAGCCAAAACAAACUUGCCAAUGAUUUUUUUUUUUUUUAAUAAGAAAUAUCAAAGAAUUCAAAAAGUGUGGUUUAGUCUUCCCCUCCCCACAGGAGAGGAAUUGGGGAUAGAUGCCAUGAGUGUUGUUAGAUCAGAACCGAGCUUGAUAAUGGGAUAAGGAGGGGAGUACCUCCGCUGAAGGUUCUCCUUGGUCAGGCAAUUUUCCCACUAUUUUAAAUGAAGCUGCUGUAUUCUAAGAAGAUUCCUGAAAGUCUGAUCUUGGGUCUGCAGAUGUAUCGGUCAUCUUUAUCAUUAAUAAUUAUGAGGGACAUGCUGUCAGGGAGAAACGCUGGGAUAAUUGUAAAAUUAGCACUGGAGUUGGGGGGGGGGUGUCACAAAAACUGUUAAUUCCAUAUUUGCCACUAAUUAGCUGUGUGACUUUGGGUGAAUCUCUUAACUCUGAAAACUAAGUUUCCUCAACCAUAAAAUACGAGGUGGAUUUAGAUAAUUGCUAAGAUCUCUUCCAGCUUUAAAUUAAUGUAAUUAUGCAGUAACCACAAGUUAUUUUUUAAACCCUUUAAUUUAUAGGUAUUAAGCAGAAGAGUAUGUGUAUGACUAAAUGUUGCACAUUUCUUUAGUGUGAAAAUGGUAAUGUGUUCAAUUUUUCCUUUAACCAUUGAGUUGUGAAUAUGAAGAGAAUGGUGGGGAGGAACAAAAAACAGGAAGGUAUUUUGAUCUUACCCCAAAGUGUACAUACAAACUGGCACCUGCAGCUGCUUGCCAAAACCUUUUUUUUUUUCUUUUUAAGAACUUGUAUUCCAAACCAAAACCCACUGCCGUCAAGUCGAUUCCAACUCAUAGCGACCCUACAGGACAGUAGAACUGCCCCAUAAGGUUUCCAAGCCUCUAAAUCUUUACAGAAGCAUACAGCCACAUCUUUCUCCCAUAGAAAGUCUGGUGGGUUCAAACUGCUAACCUUUUGGUUAGCAGCCAAGCAUUUUGACCACUGUGCCACCAGGGGUCAGAACUUGUGUUAGGGAAAAUAAGUUCUUCUUCCAGGGACAACUUCAUGGAACCAAUUUACAAAUUAAAGUCACCUUUGUGAACAUUUCUACCAGAGCCAAGAAUCCCAAAUUCCUGGCAGAUUAGUGCUUUAUGUAUCUGCCUUGAUAUUUCUAAAGGGCUUAUGCAUUAGGUCCACACUCAACUCAUUUGUGUGCUGCCAGUAAUUAAAACAUUCCACCUUAGACUGCACAAAUGGCUUAUCCUUCUUUGUAGCAUGGUAUCAGUCUCAGGGAAAUAGGUUUUAUGAGAUAUCAUGGCGACAAUCCCAACAUGUUUGAGAUUUCAGCUAAAGGACUAGAUGUAUUUUGGUCCAUAGUCUUCAGUGUAUCACUGUCUUUCCAUAAUACUAGACCUGAAGAUAUGCCAGAUUGUUUAUACGCAUUGUAAAAGAGGAGCUGCUUAUUAUAUUUUUGAAAUAUCACACAUCCUGUUGACUCUUUGAGAAUCAAGAGAAAGAGAAUUUGGAAGCAGGGAUUAAUAGGAAUGAAAGCUUGGGAAAGAGAGUUAUUUCUCCCACAUCAGUGGAAAACCGUUUGCUGAAGAAAUCAACCUAUGCAUCUCAAAAUGGUGAAGCUAAGGCCCAUCCCACCAACCUGGCGACACUUUUUAUAGCUAUAACUCCCUUUUUCCUGUGACUAAUGGUGUUGCUGAAUGGUUUCUAUUCUUCUGAGGUCAGUAUUCUGAGUGGGGCGACCACUCACAAAGGCUACACUUUCAGUGUAGCAUUCUAAACUUAGAUUGGGGCACACCCAUUCCAAAGAAGAUUUUUAUGUGGAAACUCCACAUUCUCAAGGCUUAAAGUUGAGCCAGGAUGGUAUGCAUUGGCUUCCACCACGCAGGUAAACACUUCUUCUGUACUUACUCUUUGUACUAAUUAACAACUCCCCUUGCUGGGAGUGGUGGGGGGUAGGGAGUGGGAGGAGGAUCCUACAAGAUGGCUACAGAGCAGAGCGGGUUCAGGGCUAGCAUCUGACCCUGCUGAGUGGUGAAGUCCUCUAGCAGCUUCAGGCAGCACAUUGACUUUCUCAGUCCCUCUGAACACGAGCUCAGUAGAUCGUCUUCCUUUCUCACCAGCCCUCUUGUUAGGCAGCCCUCCCACCACACACCCAGGAGGCCACAAUCUGAGGAGCAGUCAAACACAUUGGAAUGUCCCUUGCAGCCAAGGUGACAGAAUUGGGUAAGGGUGGAAAAGGAAGAGAACCAGCUCACCAAAUAUUCUCCUGUCACUAUUUGAAACGUCGCAUAGGUACUUCCUACUGGCAAAGAACUAAAUAGAAGUGUCUCCCCCAUGGCCCUCCACCACCAUCACCAGAAAAAAAGAGAAACAACAAAAGAUAUUAGUAAGUCCACCAGUCUUUAGAUUUUGCUUUGGUACAGAUAAGCUAGCUAAUCUGAUGUUUUGUUACCCAUUCAGAGUGGUUACUGACUCAGCUUCGACUGUCUCAGUGACAAAAUAUCUCACCUUUAAAAUUCAGUGCUCAACAUUUUGCUAGGUCCAUACUCAGAGUGGCCCAGAUAUAAAAUGACCUCAGAUUUCUUUUGCAAAGAGAAAUGUCUAAAAACAACAUUUUACUCAGUUGUAACACUGUGUUAACAAAUUUAAUGAGCAUAAAGUUUUACAAAUAACAUCACUAUUCUUAUGUUCUCCUCCACUUUUUUUUUUUCUUUUUGUCCCCUGAAGAAUGUGAGGUCUAGACUGUUUUAAGGGAAAAAGCAGUAUUUCUGAUAUACAUCCCAAAGCAGACGAUAAGACUAUAAUGGAAACAUUUCUUUAAAGUUCUAACUUUAAAGUAUAUCCCACUGAGAGAAGGUAUGGUGACCUCUAAGGGAAGUUUGGAAACUCCAGGCCAGUCCGAUUUGUAAAAGAGCUUGGACAUCUCUUGAAGACUCAAAAGCUCAGAAUUAGGACUUGUGAGCUCAUGAGGAAAGAAAAGAAGAGUGGUGAAAAUUUUGUCCUAGAAAAUAGCAUCAGAAGCAGAAUUAGAUAUACAGUGCUACCUUUUAUAGAAUUGGAAGCUAUUUUUUGUGCUCAGACAGAAAGCAUAGUUCAGAGAAUUUCUAUGGCAGGCUUCAGAAAACCAGAACAAUUUGGGAUUUAAAUGACUGUAAAGAGGACAAUGUUGACCUGAACCCAAAGGCCAGAUCUGGGCCAUCGUAGGAAAGGGACUGUGCUCUCUAAGACUGAAGGACUGAAUAGUUCUGAGAAUGAUCAGUGAACCAGGGUUGGGGACUCCUGACUCCUGACUGUGGACGCAGGAGAGUCUAGAAGAGACUGUGGGCUGUAAACUUGUGUGAGCUCAUAAAGUAAUACAGGAUGUACCUCUGACUUACCAAGCUUUAUGUAGUUUGUACCCUGCCAUGCCAUCAGUACGAUAAACAGGUUUUUUGCACUUUGAAGCAGUUGGAUGGGAGUUUCCUCUAUUACAAUAGUGGACUGUCUUACACAUUUAUUGAUUGAGUUGCUACUUGAAAUUGGAAUGUAAGUGUUAUGAUUAAAAAUGUAAGGCCAUAACAAUACCUAC